AUGGGUUCUAGUCAGUCCAAUGAUAUUGAGAGUGCGAUGGAAUACAAAGAGAGACUUAGUACACAAUAUCAAGUCAGCGAAACAAUAAUUGACACAAUGUACGAAAAAUAUGAAUUAGCAUGCGGAAAUUCGAAAGUUAUAACUUUUGAAAGAUUCGAUACGGUAUUUCCCAUUAUAGAUAAAACAGUUAAAAGCAAUAUGUUAAAAUAUCUUGAAGCAAAUCACGAUAAUUCAAUCGAAUUUACAGGAUUUUUCAAACUUUAUUUAUCACUUCGGCCAUCAUUAACAAAUACAACUUUUAGAGAACUUCUUUUUUCUCUUUUCAAGACAGAAGACAACAAUUUUGAUGUGGCUCUUUUUAUCAGUGAACUCAAAGCAAAUAUGCUUUUCACCUGUAAAGGUGCUGAUAAAGAAUUUGAACAAUAUUUUGAUCUUAAGCCAGGAGAACAUACAAUUGAGUAUUCAUCAUUUAAAAAACUUACUGAAAGCUUUAAUAGCCCUAUUCUUCUAUAUGGCAAGCAAUAUGUUUUCGGUAGUUAUAUCUUCCAAUAA